AAGAUUGGCAAUCAUUUCAGCAUUAUUAACAUAAACAAAGAAGGACAUGAAUUUUUUGCCGUCACCUACAACCAAAAUUCUACACUUACCUUGGAGCCGUAUAAUCCAAAUGUUCCUUCACCACAAUCACAAAGAUUUUUUAUCGGUAAUAAAUCAGGUCAGCCGCUUCCUAUGGCCAUUAAGUCUUGUUUAGACGCUGGACACCAUAUCAUUGCUAGGGAUGGGGCAGGUGAAGAUUCACCGCUCUUUGCCAAAGAAUUCAAUGAUAUUCAACCGAACAUGUCUAGAGCAGUUCUCAUUCAAGCAAUCGGAAAUGCAAAACUUUUUUGGACAGCAAGCAACGCAACUAAUAAAAUUACGCUACGCACGCGAGGACAUGAAUUUUUCGCCGUCACCUACAAACAAAAUUCUGAACUUACCUUGGAACCGUAUAAUCCAAAUAUUGCUUCGCCACAAUCACAAAAAUUUCUUAUCGGACACAAUAUUGUCGCCAAAUAUGGGCCAAUUCAAGAUUCACCGCUCACUACCGAAUGUUCCAAUGAUAUUCAACCGAUAUGGAAUAUUCAAAGUUUUAAUUUGUAG